AUGAGUGACGUGCUUCAGCCAGAGGUUAUUGAGAACUCAGACGGAUCAAAGUCUGUUAUAAGUUACAGGAUUGAAGAUGGCCAGAAGUAUAAGAUAACUCAGAAGAUUAAAGAGAUCAAAGUUACAGAAAAGGUGCACAGGUCAGUCGCUUUGAGGAGACAAUGGGUGAAAUAUGGACAGGAGAAAGGCUCACCAGCGGGUCCCAAUCACUCUACGACGCAAGUGGGUGAAGAAGUCCAGCUGAGAUUGAGCAGAAACUGGAGGCAGAUGGAGCAAGAGGAGACUCAGAAAUCAAAGAUCACCUCGGAGACUGUUAUCAGUUGUAGAUUAUGUGGUGGUGCGCAUUAUACCAUGAACUGUCCUUUCAAGAGUAUACUAAACGAUAUCGCUGCCUUGGAGGAUCCUGCAGCUGCAGCUGCCGAUGGCUCUGGCGAAGGCCCCGGUGCCCCAGAAGCAACACCAAUCCCAGCUGAUGCAAGUGCCACUGCUGGUGGGGAAGGUGGAUCCAGAUAUGUUCCGCCUUCUCGCCGUGCCGGUGCCAAGGAUCCAUCGUCAGACGCUUAUAGAGAUGCUAGAGAGCGUGAUGAUAUGAGUACUUUGAAGAUAACACAAUUGAACGAAAAUGCAGACGAGAAUACACUAAAAGAAGAACUAUUAUUUCCAUUUGGCCCGAUUCCUAAAGUUGUUGUGGUUAGGAAUAGAGAAACUGGUAAAUCAAGGGGACUUGCAUUCGUCACUUUUGUAAGUGAAGAGGUAGCUGAAAAGGCUUUGCAUUUCUUAGAUGGAAGAGGUUUUAUGAACUUGAUCUUACGUGUUGAAUGGUCCAAGCCAAAGACGAAAGAAUAA